CAGAGUUUACAAUAUGGCUGAACUUGGGUUCGCAGUUAUUUGCUCCAGCAAUAUGAAUCGCAGCAUGGAGGCUCAUGCUUUUUUAAGUAAAAAAGGCUUUAAUGUGAGAUCCUUUGGGACGGGAGACAAAGUGAAGUUACCGGGACCUGCUCCAGACAAACCCAACUGCUACGAGUUUGGAACAUCCUACGAUGAUAUCUAUAAUGACCUGCUAAAAAAAGAUAAAACACUAUACACCCAGAAUGGUCUUCUUCACAUGCUGGAUAGAAAUCGAAGAAUCAAACCUGAGCCUGAACGAUUUCAGGUGUCCAAAGACAAGUUUGACAUUAUAAUUACGUGUGAAGAACGAGUAUAUGAUCAAGUUCUUGAAUGUUUAGAAGCACGAAUACCAGAGGAGAAUACUCCGGUUCAUGUAAUCAACAUAGACAUUCAAGAUAAUCACGAAGAGGCUACAAUCGGUGCUUUUAUGAUUUGCGAGUUAGCUGUCUUGCUAUCUGGUACAGAGGACCUGGACAACGAUAUUGAUGAACUUUUACAUGAAUUUGAAACUAAGUGCCAGAGGAAUGUACUGCACUGUGUACAGUUCUAUUGAACGUUAACUAGGAAUAUUUAUUGAAAAUGUAAGAGGUACAUUUCCUAAGCAGUUCAUUCCUUAAUAUUGAACAGUGUUCAUGUGUUUUACCAAAAUUAAAUAAUUUGCUAGCUCAUUAGUGAUUUCAAUAUUGAGUAUAUAUUUUUUUUACAUAUUUUUUGAAUUAUGAUAUGCCACAUGUAUCAAAAAGUGAAUUCACUCUUAAGGUACAAUAUAUCAAGAUAGAGUUCAUGUUAUAUCUCAUCUGUUUUGAAAGGUUCAAGAAUGACUCUCUGAAAUUAAUUUAUUGUGAUCAUUAAUAAGAAUAUAUGUCAGUACUGAAGGAGUAAAAGCAUGGUUAAAUCAUGUCAUGUUUUACUGGGAGUUUAAGAGUCAUUUUUUGGGGUAUGUAAUUGAUUCUUUACUUUAACUUAAAUUAUGCACUGUUGAACAACCAGAUAUCAUGUACAUGACAUGGUUUUCAUAGAUUCCUGAUUCAGUAAUUAUAUUAUAAAAGAAAUACUAUUUCUAUAUAUAUGAUACAUUGAUUAAUGAAGCACUGUAAUUACAUUAUCAGUACUCUGGUGUUUAGGCACUAUGCUUACAUUAUCUGUACUCUGGUGUUUAGGCACUAUGAUUACAUUAUCUGUACUCUGGUGUUUAAGCACUGUGUUUGCAUUAUUGGUAUUCUGAUGUAUAAAAGGAAAUUGGCUCAGUUACCUUGAAUGAUGAAUUUGCAUUACUGUAUAAAGAAAUAGACUGCAGUAGCAGUACAUCAGUUCUCCACACAACCAUUUCUCUGCAAACAAGGGAUACAUGCCCGGCAUAUAGGAAGAAAUUCAUGAAACGACCAUCUGUUCUUCUCAUUACCUACUCUAAAAAAUCUAAAAGAAAACUUUCACAUUUCUUAACCAAUUUUUACUUAAGUAAGAGUUCAUCAUGAGUGUGCCAAACAAUAAUAAUAUAUGCCCAAAAUGUAAUAUCAUUUUAUUAGAAAAUUAUAUUAAUAGAUGAAUAUCCAUUACUAAGUUACCAAAAAGUGAAAAUAAUUUGUUAAUUUGUUUAUUUAAAUUUUCCCUUGAACAUAAGAGCUUACCACACAUGUACCAAGUACAUUUUAUUUACAAAAUAGAAGAUAAAAAUUAAUACAAAAUUAUAAUAUCUUCUAUACCUUUAACACAGCUAAAAUAAAACAAUUCACAUUUCAUGGCUUAUUUUUUACAAAAAAUGGUAAUGAAACUAUUCACCAAAUAAUUAAAUACCAAAAAAAAAAAAAAAUGCAUUUGAAAACAUUGAGAAAAUAUUAAUUUUUAAAUGGAGGUUCACUUUAUGUAAGAUGUAUUGAGUGACUGACUUUCCUAAAAUUCAUUGUUAUAGCUAAGAGGAGCUUACUAUACAAUGCCUGAGUAGUGUUGGAGAAACAGCUUUACAUUGUCAAGGGGAGAUAAUCUUGGGAAUUAUAGGUUCGGUUAUAAAAAAAAAGUGGCACUCAAAUUUUAAAAUUUUAACUUAUUCUACAUGAAAAUCAUGCAGUACAGUAUGGAAUUUUUCUUUGAUCAAAAAAUAAGGAGGAUAUGAAUACUGCUUUUUAUACCUGUACAAUAUAAUGUUAAACUGUUUUAGAUGCACAGAUCAAGCAGAUCACAUUCAUGGAUAGAUGAAGUGGAACAUUUUGAAUGAUAAAUUAAGUGGAAUAUUUGAAUGAUAAAUGAUAAAAUUUACUCCUUGAAAAAUGGUGGCGAUUUAAGUUCAGUAUAUAUUCUGUUUAAUAAUUUAAAAAAAUGUAUAGGUCUUAUAAACAACACUUGAAUUUCAGAAAGAUUAUACUGUUAUUUAUAUAGUGUGUAAGUGUAUCAUAUGAAAGAACAGUAUUAAUUACAAAUAUAUAUUAUACAAACCAGCACUUUCAAAAUGCCUGUAUGUUCAUUCUAUAAUACUUGGUAGCAGUUUAGGCUCUUUACAAUACAGGUGCAUGUAUUUUAUUGAAAGGCAUUAAUACUCUUUUGAUCAAGGAUGGAAAGUAAAGUAUAAAAAAAUGGAAUCUGUUUAGUGAUGUUUAUGUGAAUCUGAAUUUUCCAUAAAUUUAUGAUUAUUACUGAUUUGGUCACACUUGUGUCUGUAUGGGUGGCUUAAGUCCUAAUUUUUUCACCUCUUUACAGUACAGCAUCCUGAUCACAUCCAAAGAAAUAUUUAUAAUCUACUGUACUGUAUGCUCUUUUUUUCUGUAUGUAUUUUUUUAUGGGGGGAUGUGAAUUACAUUUAAAAUUCUUAUAAUCUUACCUUAAAAUAAUUGGGGAGAUGCUUUCUUGAGUAGUUAUUUAUGCAUACUAACUUUAAAGAAAUAAGUUGUGAUUGUUGAGUAACACCAAGUGUAAACAUCCAAAUAUACCAUUAUAUAAUGUAGAGGUCAUAUACAGUGUCUAGCUGUACAAGCUGUCUGUAAUUUAAAGACAAACACUCAAUAGCACAUGUACAGUAGGAAGAAAUCACUAUAAAAAUGUGACUAAAAAAAUAAAAAAGUACGUACCUGGCAUGACAGUAAAAGUAUUAAUAGAACAGGAACACCUGACACUUGAAUAUGUGUUUCUGGUAUGUUUAAUAGUACAUGAAUGGUUUUACAGUACUGACAAGAUGAAAAUUAGACACAUAUGCAACAACCGGGUAUCUUUAUUGUAGACAUUUUGCCAUCCAGUGGCUUUAUUAAUACAAAUUCAAGGACAUGAAUGGAAGACAGAACUAUAUACAGAAGAUGAGGUAAUCAGUCCCUCAGCCUUGGAGUUAGUGUAAAGAGCACUAGAGUCGUGAUAUUCUAGAGCAUAGGUAAGAAGGCUAGUGCUUAUAUACUGGCGUCAGGUGGAAGGGACAGGUAGCAGAUGAGGGCAUAGUCACUGGUAGGCGGGAUGUCCCAGUGGAAGUAGAUCAUACCCAAGGUAUGGGUUAGUGGUGGUAGUAAUAGUAGUAGCAGCCAUGACGAAGGUUGUGUAGAUGUCCUGUGAACCAAGAUUUCAUGAUGUUGCAGUGUCUGACAAGUUGUACAUGAAUGGUAUACAGUACCAACAAAAUGUUGCGUAUGUGUCUAAUUUUCAUCUUGUCAUUCAUGUACAACUUGUCAGACACUGCAACAUCAUGGAAUCUUGGUUAGAGGACAUCUACACAACCUUCUUCACAGCUGCUGCUGCUACUACUACUACUACUACCACUAACCCAUACCUUGGGUAUGACCUACUUCCACUGGGGUAUUCCGCCUACCGGUGAUUACGCCCUCGUCUUCUACCCGUCCCAUUCCACCUGAUGCCAGUAUAUAAGCACCAGCCUUCUCGCCUGUGCUCCAGAAUCUUCACGACUACAAGUGCUCUUCACACCAACUCCAAGGCUAAGGGACUGAUUACCUUAUAUUUUGUACAUAGUUCUUCUGUCUUCCAUUCAUAUCCUUGAAUUUGUAUUGAUGAAGCCACUGGAUGGUGAAACGUCUACAAUAAAGAUACCUAGAUGUUGCAUUUGUCUAAUUUUCAUCUUUAAUAGUACCACUGGUACUUUUUAAGAGCAAAUACCCCACUGCAGAGUAGGAAAUAUCAAAUGUGGGAAGGGAAGAGAAGUGUAAUGUCUGGGUCAUUUGAUGGGCGAACCAGUUCUCAAAGACAGGCAUUGGUAAUGUUUCCCAGCACAUGAGGUCAUGAAGUGGUGCAGUCUCAAAAAAUUAUUUGUUUUAUAUUUGAGUUUUGAGACAGCAGCCACCCAGGGAGGUACCACUGCCCUGCCAAGUGAGUGUAAAAUGGAAACCUGUAAUUGUUGUACAUGAUAGUAGGAUUGCUAGUGUCAUUUUUCUAUCAUGUAAACAAACAAGAUUUCAGGUACGUCUUGCUGCUUCUGCUUACUCUUAGGUCACACUACACAUGCAUAUACAAGAAUAUAUAUCCACACUCAUCUGGGUAUUCUAUUUUCUUAAUAGUACUUGUUCUUCUUUAUUUCCUUUUAUCUCCAUGGGAAAGUGGAAAAGAAUUCUUCCUCCGUAAGCCAUGCACAUCAUAGGAGGCGACUAAAAUGCUGGGAGUAAGGGGAUAGUAACCCCUUCUCCUGUAUAAAUUUCUAAAUGUAAAAGGAAAAACUUCUGUUUUUCUUUUUAGGUCACCCUACCUCGGUGGGUUAUUGCUGGUGCUUUGAAAAAAAAUAAUUCGGGUUUUGCUAUUGUUUGAUUAUAUUAUUAUUAUUAUUAUUCUUUUUUCUAAUCUGUGACCUUUGAAUGUCUGCUGCCUCUUCACAUCUGAGUGAUCUGGUUCUUGGAUAGUAUUCCUUCAUUUGUCCACAUUACUACAUUUUCUUGCCAUGGGUUGGAAUAUAGCAUUGUUUCAGCCAGUAUUGUUACAUUCUCAUACCACGGGUUGCAUCAUAGCAGUGUUUCAGUUAUUGUAGUAAUCUCAUGCUGUGAGUCGGAGCAUAGUUAUGUUUCAGUGUAGUAAUAUUCUCAUGUUGUGGAUUGAAACAUAUCAGUGUUUUGGUCAGUUUGGUAAUAUUCUCAUGAUGUGGGUUGGAGCAUUGUAAUGUUUCAUCAGUGUAGUAAUAUACUGUUGGUUGGAACAUAGUGUUUCAAACAGUAUAGUAAUAUUCUCAGGCUGUGGGUUAGAGCAUAGUAAAGCUUCAGUCAGUGUAGUGGCUAGGGAUGGGACAAUACAAAAAUUUUGACAAUAGCAAUAUACACUUUGAAGCCAAUACAAAUACCAUCAAAGUUAGCCAGUAUCCACCAGUAGCGAUUCCCUGGUGGUAAUAUUCUCAAGCUGUAGGUUGAAGCAAAGCAUCUGUCACAGUUAAGUAACCAGAUGAGUCCACCAGACAUAUAGAAGCAGCAGUUGUUCAUGGAUCAAAUAAAUAUUAUUUUUCCAGAGUGUGUCAUCUCUGACCUCAGUUGUGCUGGAAAAAAUUAUGAGCAGCUUUACUUGAGAAUUGAGCCCACCUGAAGUGAUCCCUUCGUGGGAACAUAUAAACUGUGCAUAAUUCAAGGCCUACAUCAACUAAAAUCAAGCUGCUAUUGUAUUAUUUUAUGUGGCAUCAUGCUUAUAUUUUAUGCAUAUAAUAUGCCUAAGGGUGAAUUGUAUGCUUCCUGGCAGACUUGUUGCAUGGUUUUCACUAAGAGAUCAUGGCUUCACUCUCCAUAUUAUGUUUCAGUUAUCUCUUGUCUUUAGACAACUCAAGACUUUUGUUUGUCUCAGUGUCAGUGUAUUGCUGACCAGCUGUAAAAAAAAAAAGUGUGUAUGAUUAAACUGUGAUUGAAAAAGUGUAUGCAGGCAUACUUUUAUGAACAUUCACUAUACAUUAGGUCACAACUUAUAAAUGCUCCAAGUUACACACAUCCAAACUUACAAACUGGCCACUUAGUAACCAAAGUUUUACAACCUCUGAACCAUAGUACAAACAUAAGUAAGCUAUAACUAUCCUUUGUACUAUUGUUUUCUAUAGGUGCAAUUUCGUAAGCUGAUAACCUGGGAACUCAUCUUAAUUGUAUGUCGAGGACUUUCCACACCCAUACCACAGAGCUGCUGCUUUCAACACUUCCAUAAGGAAUAAAUUGGAUAAUGUGUUUUGCACAACAACAUCAUAGUCUAAAUUUUGCUUAAUCACUUCAUUUAUUCAGCAGAACAAAUCAGAUUUAUAUGAAUGUGGUGAGGGUUAAUUAAAUGACAACUUAGCAUUAGUACUUAGUUUUAUUAUUAUUAUUAUUAUUAUUAUUAUUAUUAUUAUUAUUAUUAUUGUUGUUGUUGUUGUCUGAAAUUUAAAAUUAAGCAUAUUCAUCUGGGCACCAGGAAUUAUAUAACACCUAGUGCACUGAAAUUAGCUGUCACCAUGAAGUGUAUAUCACCUGGUGCCCUGUAGUUAGCUGUCACCAAGAAGAUAUACAGCAUAGAUAAAAAUAUCUAAUCUUUACCAGACUGUCUCUUAUUAUGAAAGCCAGUAAAUGUAAGUGCAGACUAGUUUUGUAUCAAAUACCAUUUAAAAAAAUGUAAAUGGGUUAAAUUGUUGUUAUAUUGGGAUAGGAGAGGUACUGAAUAUAAUGCACUUUAUACAAUUUGAGGAGACAAGCUGUGAGAGACCUAACCUCACUUAUUUCACCAUUGCUUUCUCUGGUCUCUUCAACCUCUUCAAGGGUGGCUCCUUGGCAUGAUGAAGAGGCUCUUGGUCUGAGGCAUUAGACCUAUUGGUCUCCUUCCUCAGACCGAACCUAAUUACCCCCCCCCAAUCCUCCCCUUCCAUAUACCAUCCUCCCCAUCCUCCCUUUUACCUUUCCUCCUCCUCCUCCCCAUCCCUCCCUUAUUUCCUUCCUCUUUUUGGCCUUUGGGAUCCUUCCCACAGGCACGCUGGUUCCUAGGUAGGGGGAAGGGUACCGGAGUCCAUCCCAUUCCGUUGAGGUUCUUGGAAUCUGGAUCGCCUGGGGAUGUCCCGAUCCCUCUCCAGUCUCCCGGGGGUGGCUUUGGGUGUCUUUCGGGCAAAAGGUGUAUCUCUGGAGGCUGCCUUUCGGAUUCCAGGGGUGGUGGCCAAAGGAGGUAUGCUUUGUGGCGGAUAUCCAGCCGCCCUCUCUUUUGUCCACCGACGUAGCUCAACAGAUGUAAGGUUGCUAUCCCAGAUUGCUGGUUUACUGGCAUGAAGGGUAGUGUAUGGCACGGGUUCCAUGCCGCAUCUGCGCUACUUGCAGUGGUGACGUUCUCUUGAGCACAGAGGGAGAUUUCGGGCCCUUUCAUUCCUCCUAGGAACUAUUCCUCCCCGUUCCCCCUUUUUUUAUUUUUUUUUUAUUAUUUUCUUUUCUUCUUUCUUUUUGUUUUUUCUUAAAAACAAAAAGAAAGAAGUAACCUAACCAUGGAGGACCCAAUCCAUAAACCUGCUACCCCCGGGCCCCUUCUUGAUACCGCACCUCAUUCUGACCCUGCCUCGUUUUUUGAUCACUCUUAGGACACUUCUAAUGUCACUGUACCUCUUGCUGGUGCUGUUUCAUCACCUGCUUCAGGUACUGGCAUUUCGACCGACUCCUUCGAUUUGUCUGACCUCCACUCUCCUUUGACUGUGCUUCUGGCCUCUCCCUCUAUGGUGCGGCAAUUUUUGAAUCGCCAGCCCAUCCUACGUCUGACCAACUUCGGUCCCACUCCUAAAUGCCAACGACAAUUGCCUGAUGAUACUUCUUCGCCACCUUGUUCUACUCAGAAAAGACUGACACAUCAUGCACUCCCUUUCCACGCUCAGUUUUGGAAUGCAUAAUGGACUAAAUUCUUCACUUUACGACCGACUUCCUCUAUUGCCUAUCUUUCUGGCCAUAGUAUUGGCAAGGCACUCUUACACCAUGUUGGUCGAGAUAUUUCCUUUUAUGCUCUCAAGAGUGGUACACGCAUCAUCAGUGUCCAGAAUGCUACCCAAGCUCAUGAUCUCUCUCUUCUUUCACAUAUCAAUACUAUUCCUGUCACUAUCGAAAAACAUCAUUCUGCCCCAUACCAUAGUCCAACAGAAUUUCCAGACAUGUGGCGAUGACAUUCUCGAACAGCUGGAACUCCAAGAUCUCCCAGCCCUCAAAGUAGAUACUUAUGUCCUUCCUGCCCACGGGCGGAGAUGAUACCCUUGCAAUGUAGCUCGAUUGACUUUCAACAGCCAUGAACUCCCAUCCUCUGUUUAUGUAAGCAGGACAUCAUUACAAGUUCGAAAGGUCAUCCCUACACUGCAACAGUGUAGAAAUUGCUGGCGAUUUGGUCACCCAGUGAAAUAUUGCGGAUCUAUAGCCGAAUACCCAGUCUGUGGUCCCGAUGACCAUUCUAAUACAUCUUGUAGUCGGCCUCCCUCUUGCCUUAAUUGUCAUGAGGCUCACCCUUCUUGCUCUCGCCGUUGCCAGGUCUACUUAAAUGAGCGGGAAAUCAGGUUUCCCUUAUGCUAUGGGGUCCCAUCUUCUGCAGCCUCCUCUGUGGUUACCCCUUCCAUAGUCACUCCUGUCUCUAAUUCUUUUGCUGCCCUGGGCUCAGAAGUCCCUACCUCAACACCUUGAUCUGUUCUCACUUUUUUGUGUUCUCCCUCACAAGCCCCGGUAUCGACAAGACCUCGUAUGAUACUUCCUCCCAAUUGCCCAUCUACUUCUCAGAAGUCCAAAAAAUCCCCAUUGUUCAAACCUUUAACCCCUCAUUCCCUUUUUCCACCUCCUCAUUUUACCUUUCCAGUCUCUGUACCUGGUUCUUUCCCUCUAACUGGCUCUGUUACAAGUGUGGAGGUUCACCCUCCACCUCGUACUGUGCCUUCCUCCCCUGUCCCCUCCCAAGUUUCUUCCUCUUCUGCCACCUCCCAGGUUUUUGCAUUUUGCAGACAGUAUUCAAAUUCAAAUUCAAAUUCAAAGUUUAUUCUCUAUAAGGAUUACAAUGCUGAGUUUACAGAAUUUGGUUUUUGUGUGGUUUACAUGUAGUAAAAUAAUAAUUACAGAGUGUACCACUAGAAGACCUAGCAUGGCUAGGCAUUUCGGGCAGACUUAGAUUAAAUCUUAAAUUUAAAAUAUUACAAAUUAUGAGGUAAGUAGGUAUUAUGGCUAAGUGACUAAAUACUAGUUUGUGAGUUUAGCAAUGUGAAUGCUUUUGUUUUGGCACAAUACAUAGUUUCAGUAUUGGAGUAUCACAGGCCAACUUUUGACUAGUUAGGAUUCAUUAUUUUAAGAUUGAGAUUGAUAUUUCUGUUUAUGGUCAAAUGGGUGAGUGAGUGUAAGUGUGAACCACCAGGUGGUAUUCGUGUAAUUAGUUGAGGGGUGUAUCAGGGAGAUAAGAUGUUUUCUAAUGGUAGUUUUGAAGGUGAUGAAUGUGUCUGCAGUUCUAGAGUUUUCAGGUGGGGUGUUCCGGAUUUUAGGGCCUUUGACAUACAUUGAAUUUUUGUAAAGGUUUAGUCAGACACAGGGAAUGUCAUAGAGAUGUUUGUGUCUGGUGUUAUGCCUGUGGGUUCUGUCACAACUAUCAAGAAAGCGUUUUAGGUCAAGGUUAAUAUUGAAAUUUAAGGUCCUGUAGAUGUAGAUUGCACAGUAGUAAGUGUGGAUGUACUGAACAGGGAGUAAGUUUAGAUCUAUGAAGAGUGGGGGGGUGUGUUGCCAGGGAUGGGAUUUAGUGAUUAUUCUUACUGCGGCUUUUUGUUGGGUUACUAUUGGCUUUAGGUGUGUUGCUGCAGUUGAACCCCAAGCACAGAUAGCAUAGGUGAGGUAUGGAUAUAUAAGUGAAUGGUAUAGUGUGAGAAGGGCAGUUUGCGGUAUCGUAUCUUGGAGAGGAUCCCAACCGUCUUGGAUACUUUUUUGGUUAUGUGUUGGAUAUGGGUGCUGAAAUUCAGGUUGUUGUUGAGGUAUAGGCCUAGGAAUUUGCCCUCAUUAUGUCUGGCAAUUAGAGUGUUGUCGAUCUUAAUGUUAAUUUGUGCAACUCCUGCUCUGCUACCAAACAUAAUGUAGUAGGUUUUGUCAGUGUAAGUGUAAGCGUAAGUUUAUUGGCUGUCAUCCAAGUCGAUAUUUUGAUCACCUCCUCGUUAACAAUGGUGUUGAGGGUGGCAAGAUUAGGGCGAGAGAUGACAUAAGUCGUGUCGUCAGCAAAGAGAAUGGGGUUCAGGUGUUGAGAUACGUUUGGAAGAUCAUUGAUGUAUAUGAGCAAGAGCAGGGGACCAAGGACACUUCCCUGCGGAACUCCAGUAUCAAGUGGCCGUGUUGUUGAUGCUGUGUCUUUAAUGGUGACAUACUGAUACCUAUUAGUAAGGUAAGAUUUGAAAUAUGCAAGUGCAUGGCCUCUUAUACCAUAAUGGUCAAGUUUGUGGAGUAGGAUGCCGUGGUCUACUGUGUCAAAAGCUUUUCUUAGGUCAGUAAAAAUUCCUAGUGGAUAUUUUUUUGUUUUCCAAUGCUGCGUAAAGCAGAUCUAGCAUUUUUAUGAUUGCAUGGUUAGUGCUUUUAUUUUUCCUGAAUCCAAAUUGGCAGGGGUUGAGUAUGUUUUGUGCCGUUAUAGUCUCCUGUGCACGAGUUUCUCAAAGAUUUUGGAUAGCAAUGGUAAGUUUGAUAUUGACCUAUAGUUGUUUAAAUCUGUAGGGUCACCACCUUUAUGUAUUGGUGUAACCCUUGCCGUCUUGAGUAGUUUCGGGAAGGUGCUAGUUUCUAGUGACUUGUUAAAAAGUAAUGAGAUAGCAUGCGAAAGAACAUGGGCCGCUCGCUUGUACAAUAAUGGUGGGACAUGAGACAGAUUCCCUGAGUUAUUUUUAAGUGACUUUAUAAUCUCGGUGACUUCCGUGGGCUCAGUUGGUGCAAGAUAGAAGGAAUUUGGGAAAUUCCCAUCUAGGUAGUCCCCGGCAUGGGCAUUGGUACGUGGUAUUGUGGGAGAGGAGGCACCAAUGUGAAAAGAGACAGUCUCCCUACGAUCCCCAUUGGGGAGGGGAACCUUUAGUCUGCAUCACUUCACGAUGCAUUACUCUAACGGGGUAAAGAUCAAACCAGCGAGUGGGACAGUCAGUGACUCGUCUAAACUAGCACUUGCAGCUGUUGUUAGUGGCAGACUGCAAGUCAAAUGUAAUGCGAUUUUAUCGCUCAAAGAAGCCUUUGUUGUCGUCUGUUCAGACGACACAGAGGCCGAGAAACUACUUACUACUACUGCUACUACCACUCUACGAGACCAGGGAUUUCAUGUCUUGACUUCCCCAGCUCUGAGGGCCAGGAGAACUGUGUUCCUCAAGUGACUCGACAACCUCAUCACUGCACAGGCCACUGAAGAAAUCAAGUCAUCUAUCGAAGCACAGAACCCUUGGGCCAAGGUGGACUUCAUUACUAAAAUACCCAAUGCUUCAUCCAUGCUGAAGGUCACCUUCAGUGACGUCGUCAACAUGGCAGCCAGAGCUCUCACCGAGGGCCUGGCUAUUCACUACUUUCACAUCAACCCAACCUUCAUUGAAAUAGAGAAAUUCCAACAAAUCUCACAGUGCUAUAAUUGUUACUCACACACACCACAAAAGAUUGCCCUACCAAGGACAAAAAGUUCUGCUGCACCUGCUGCCGUGAAGGUCACGACUUCAAGAAUUGCACUACUGCCUCACCACCCAAAUGCUUGAACUGCAAGAAUGACCACCAUACUCUGGCUGCCAGAUGCCCUACCAGAAGAGACAUACUCAAGAAACAACAACAACAAAAGAAGCCCAACCCACAAAUAACCACAUAUUCUGCUAUCGCCAAGCUUCAAGCAGACACUACCAAGAUACUACAAGCCACACAAGCUGCUCCCACCACUUCCCUACCAGCACCUACUGUCGACUCCACCAAGAUUCUUUAUUGCAUUUUGUAUGCUCAUGUACAGAAUGUAGAUGAGCCUGGUUCCUUCAACACCACCAUCAAUGAACUCUUCAAACUCAACAAUAUGCCUGGUUUUACAUUCCCUGCAUCCCCACCUUCCACUGAGGUCAUAAAAUCCACUGCUAAUGUCUCCAACAACACCAUUGCUACACAGUUACCACAAGCUUCACUCGACAUAGAGAUGGACCAAUCAGAGACCACCGAGACACCGGAAACUCCCACCAAUGAGAGUUCACCACCACCUGCACCCACUGCUAGUGCAACUGACCAAUCAGAAACCUCACCUCCAUCAGUCCAGCCACCAGCCAAGAAAGCGAAAACACAAGACACUGGGAAUGCAUCUCCCUGUGCCACUGCCACUGCUACACCACAAGACGAAGCCCAAGCCUUAGGUGGUGUAUAUGUACUUCUAUACAACAAACCAGUACAAGAGCACAAUGCAGACUUCGGAAUUUAAACAGCGGCUCCACGAUGGAACAGUCAAAUACACCUUCGACCCAAAUACUUCAUACACCACUGAAGCCCUGGACAGAGUACUCACUCCACACUGCCUUGUGGCAAUCGACUACACAUCAAGGAAGAAAUUCAGGACACUCCAGAAUGGGUCCCUUGAAGACGGUACCCUCCUCUAGCAUGACAAUCUACGAACGCUCACCACGAAGAUAAGUUUCCCCAGCACUUUGCGGCCCGCUAAAGCUGGGGUGUGGCUCCAAUCGCCCCUGUAAUUACUGCCUCUGCCCGCCUGCACUUCUGAAGCAAGAAGACACUUCCCUCCUGGGAAGUCAAUGCAAGAUAGAAGAAGACAUCCUCCAACCGGAGGGCCUAAGAAAGAAGAAAGAUGAACGUCACCCUCCACCCGGGGGGCCACCGCCGGGUCACCAUCUGGAGAAGACCCGGGCCGGAAGUACCAGCGAAUGAACAUGAAUGAAUGAACCAGUGUGAAACAAAAUGCUACUUGGUAAGCUGAAAGCGGGGUUCAAUGAUAAGUCUUCGGAGGCUUCUUACUUUGUUUGCAAAGUCAUGGUGGGUACACAGGCUUGUAUGUUUGUGUCCAUGGCCCAGGAGGAAGAGAGGAGUGGACACUUAUUGGCUGAGUGAAAGGUGUCGCCAGAGUGAGAGCAAGUGGGACCAGCAUCCCACUGACCUGGGCAGGCCUAGAGAGGGCAGCACCUGAGUGCCGUGAAAUAUAAACUAAGCUGGCAGACAGCAUAGGCUGUGUAGACAGUACAGGCUGUCUACACUUUUCUGUCCCCUCCCACACUACUUCUCCAGUUCCCUCCACCCUUUCGUCCCCCCUUACUUUGGUACAGUCCAUUACUGUCCCAGUCUUUACUCGCCCUCCUACUUCCAUCUCCAAUAUUGCCUCCCAUACAACGUCUUUGAAUUCUGAAACACUUGAAGCUAUCUCAGAAUAUAUUGCAGAGACUAAACCAUCAAUGGACACUGAUCCACCCCCUGUUCCUUCUCUUUCUUCUCCUCCAUCUGCGCAACUCCUUUCUUCGCAGCGCUCAGUUCCUUCACUUGAACAUUUUCCACUGCUGCCACAUGCGGACUUUUCUAACCCCUCUAGUCCAUAGGUACCCUUACCUGUGGAUUUCUGGUAUCUUUAUCAUUGCCAAUCAUGGCCUAUUUACAGUGGAAUGUCCGUGGCCUCAGGGGUGAGCUUCAGAUGUUGCUCUCUCGGUUUUUCCCUGUUGGUGUUUGCUUACAAGAACCAAAAUUACACUCCGCUGUUAUCUUUCCUAUCUCAGGCUAUAAUUUAUUGUAUUCUUCAGAUUCUUUUUCUGAUGGGACCUUUAUGAAAGUGCCCUUCUUCUACGCACUGAUAUUCCGUACCAUCAGCUAUUUGUUCAUUCUUUGCUGCAUUACACUGCAUCCCGUAUCCACUUGCAUAAGUGGUAUACAAUCUGUUCUUUGUAUCUCUCUCUUUCUCGGGCAUUAUCUAUCCCGGAUGUUGCCUUUCUUGUCUCGUCCUUACCACCACCACUUCUAUUACUUGGAGAUUUUAAUGCUCAUCAUUUCCUCUGAGGGGGCCUCACUGUGAUUCCCAUGGCAUUCAGUUGGAGGCAUUUCUCGCUUCUCACCCCCUCCAUGUUUUAAAUACGGGUACUUCCACCCAUUUUGAUCCUCGUACUCGUACUCUCUCUUGCAUCGAUCUCUCGGUCUGCUCUUCCUCCACUGCACUAGACUUCACCUGGUCUUUUCUCCCGGACUUACAUGACAGCGAUCAUUUUUCAAUCAUUCUUACUUCUCCUUCAUAUUCACCACCUCUUCAUAGCCCACACUGGCAGUUUGAUCAAUCAAAUUGGGACCUUUACUCACAACUAACUGCUUUUAGUGAGGCUCCUUCUUUGUCCUCCAUUGAUGAGCUUUUACACCUCUUGACCUCAGUUUUAACCACAGCUUCUCAUUCUAUACCCCAAACCUCUGGCAGGCAUUCUCAGAAGUGCAUGCCUUGGUGAUCUGCCAGUUGUGCUUGGGCAGUACGUUUGAAACUCGCUGCGUGGGGCAGGUACCAGUACAAUAGAACCACAGAGAGACUUCUUGAUUUUAAGCAGAAGCGUGCGGUCGCUCGCCGUGUCAUUCAUGACGCUAAACGCACUUGCUGGCGAGAUUGUUUCCACCAUCACCUAUGGACAGAUAUGUUGUGCGACAGAGGUCCAGUGACUCUCGAGCUGGUCCUAGUGGCAUUAAAAGAAGAAGGGAAGUAACCCCGGAAAAGGACUUGCUCCCGCAAGUCCUAAUGGAAGGGGAUUUCCCUUCUAAACAAUAACAACUUCCACACACACUCCUCCUCCCAUCCCAUCAAUCAUCACCAGAUCGUCAAUAAAGGUAAGUGUCAUGUAUUCUAUUCUUAGUAGAGUAGUAUUAACUGUGCAUGUCUUCUUCAGUUUGUGUGUAUUAAAAUUAAUGUUUCAUGUGGUAAAAUUUUUUUUUUCAGACUUUUGGGUGUCUUGCAUGGAUUAAUUUGAUUUCCAUUAUUUCUCAUGGGGAAAAUUAAUUCGCCUUACGAUAAUCUCGGCUCACGAUGAGCUCUCAGGAACGGAUUAAUAUUGUAAGGCAGGGGUCUACUGUAUGCUCUCCCCGGACGUUGUCCAAGCUGAAGGUGUCCCCCAGGGAUGUGUUCUGAGCACAACACUUUUUUCUCCUUGCUAUAAAUGAUUUGGCCUCUUCUUCCGUCCAAUAUUUGGUCAUCGCUCUGUGUUGAUGACUUCGCUAUAGCUUGUGCAGGCACUGACUGUCACCUCAUUGCAGUUUCUCUCCAGCAUGCGGUCAGCCGUGUUUCCAAUUGGGCCACCAUGCAUGGGUUUAAAUUUUUUCACAAUACGUUCUGUCAUCUCUGAUCAUUCUGUUGUACCUCUAUAGCUCACGUAUCACUGAACGUGAUAUGGUCAGGUUUCUAGGCCUGCUCUUUGACCGUAGGUUAUCCUGGAAACCUCACAUUACCUCUUUGAAGGCAACUUGUCACAGCCGGCUGAACCUUCUUAAAACCCUUGCUCAUCUUUCAUGGGGAACUGAUCAUCGAACUCUCCUUCGCCUACAUUCAGCCCUCAUUUUAUCGAAACUCAAUUAUGGUGACCAGAUCUAUUCGGCGGCCUCUCCAGCUACUCUCUCUAGCCUUAAUCCCAUCCAUCACCAGGGAUUACGUUUAUACCUUGGUGCUUUUAGCUCUUCACCUAUUGAGAGUCUCUAUGCAGAAGCGAAUAUUCCAUCCUUGUCCGAUCGCCGUGUUGCCCAUUGCCUUUGCUACUAUGUUCGCUCUCGUGAUCUCCACAAUCCUUCUAUAUGUAGAAUAGUCCCUGAUGUUAGUAGACAUUCUUUAUUUGUUCGUCGCCCCUGUUUGCUCCAUCCCUUUUCUCUUCGCCUACAUUCACUCUUGUCUUCCCUUCAGUUACCACCUUUCUAUGUUCAUGUAGCAUCUCACUUUUCCCUACCCCCUCUGGGAAGUUUCAGCUGUUCGUGUCUGUUCUUUCUCACUCUCUUGCGCGAAAGCCCAACUGCCUAGCAUUUUUACUGCUGAAUUGUAUGCCAUUCUUGCAGCACUUAUCCGUAUUGCAUCUAUGCCUCUGUUGUCAUUUGUGGUUGUUUCAGACUCCCUUAGUGCUUUACAGGCUAUACGGAAAUUUGAUGCACUUCACCCCCUAGUUCUCCGUAUCCAACUUUGGUUACACCGUAUCUCUACCAAGCAUAAAGAUACGUACUGUUUUUUGUUGGGUCCCUGGUCAUGUUGACGUACAGGGCAAUGAGCAGGCAGACACUGCUGCACGGUCAGCAGUACAUGACCUUCCAGUUUCAUAUAGCGGUGUUCCAUUCACGGACUAUUUUGCUGUAAUUACUACCCACCUUCACACCCAUUGGCAACAACGUUGUUCUGAUCUGCUCAGUAGCAAACUUCAUUCUAUUAAAUUGAGUAUAAGUAUACUCUCCCGUCUUUGCAUUGGCCACACUCGUCUUAUUCACGGGUAUCUCGUGGAGAGGCGCCCUGUUCCUCUCUGUAAGAAUUGUCAGGUUCCAGUAUCGGUUAGCCAUAUUCUGUUACUGCCCACUCUAUCAGUGAGCAUGCAGAAUUUACCUCCAAUGUCAUCUCUGCUCUGCUGCUCUCUCUUUACCUUCUCUUCUUGCUGAUGGACCCUCCUUUAAUCUGGACUCUCUUGUUGACUUUUUGACAACUGAUUUACUCCACAAACUCUGAUGAUACCUUUAGCACUCCCCUUAGCCCUUUCUACCCCAGUCUCUUGCUACCCUCUACCCCUGCACUAUCCACUGCCCCGCUGUGCUCCGUAACCUACUAAUCAUCCCUCUCCCUUUUGUCACCUGAUACCCUCGCUUCCUUCCCUGCCCUGCAGCACUGUAUAGCCUUUGUGGUUUAGCGCUUCUUUUUUAUUAUAAUAAUAAUAAUAAUGGUCUCUUCAAGGAUGUUGCACCGGGGCUGGUGAAAUGCUCUGGAUUCUAGGAGUUGAAGCUAUUCUUCCCUUGGAUUAAAUGCGAUUCCCUUCCAUUUCCCAGGUUCUGUAUGACUCCUACAGGUUGAGAAUUUCCCCUAUGAUUAUAAAAAUACUCUGUGGUGUGUCUGCACUGUACUUAAUAUUGCAAUCAGCACACUCAUUACUAGAAGCAAACUUUUUAUCAUAUUUAAAUAUGUUGAAUAUUAAAGUGAGUCAAGCAGAUGCCUAGUCUGCAUGAAUAUAUAAUUGUUACAUUCAUCAAGGGGUAAUUAUGAACUACAGUAUAAAUGUAUGUAAUCCAGGAAUUUAUUACUGAUAAAAUUUAUUUGAAUAUAUAUAUUUCAAUGUUAAAUGCAUUUUAUUUUGCAAAUGUAUAAUUUUGUCCAGAAAAGUUAAUGAAGUAAAUUGUAUUUACAGAAGUAAUUGCUGUAUGACCCUUUCAUAUUUAGUGCUUGCCUUUAUCAUUUUAAUAAUAAUGGUUAUAAUCUGCAUAGUUUUACAUUAAUUUUAAGACUGUAAAGUGUUGUUCUGAAUUUCAUUUUCGGUAUGUUUGCCUAAUCCAUGUGAUCAACAGUUGUGUUAUAUUAAAAAUACUCUUCUCGCCUAGCCACAGUACUCACUCUUGUAGAGAAAUUUAGACAAUACCGUAAGACUUUGCAGACUGAAUACUUUUUCAUAAAUUUCUAGAUGCUUGAGAAAUAUCUACUAUUAUGGAGUGUCAAAUUUUAUUUUUUUCAUUUUUUUUUUUUUUUUUUUUUUUUUUUUUUUUUUUUUUUUUUGUUAUGAAAAUAUGACUAGUAAUUUUUGGUUAAUUUCUCUGAAAAGUCCUAAUGAUUUUGUUCAGUUCCUUAUAAAUGUCUUCUUUUUAACAUCAUAUUGUUUCUCUAUUCACCUGGAAAAAGUCAGCAAAGUGAGGAACCAUGCACAGUCCACAGCUUCAUGUCCACCCAUGGCCACCAAAGACAGAGUUUCAAGUGAAUGUAUGGUAUUUUCUUCAAGAGGAAGAAAUCUCCACAAAACCAGCUAUAGAAUUUUUUUUUUUUUUUUUUAAUUUACUCAAUUGCUUUACUGGAUUUUGUAAAUUUAGCUUGGAUAAAAUUCAGUACUAAAACCUGCCAUGGAGUCAUUUAAAAAAUACACUUAAUGAAUUUACGUAGAUUUCUAUGUAUCUGUUCUUUUAUUUAUUUCAGUUAAUGGCCAACUUAAAGCUUUUAUUUUUAGUAAGCUGUAUGGGAAAAGGGGUUACUAGCCCAUUGCUCCUGACAUUUUAAUUGACUUUUACAACACACAUGGCUUAUGAAGGAAAAAUUCUUAUUCCACUUCCUCAUGGAUAUGAAAGGAAAAUAAUAAGAACAAGAACUAUUAAGAAAAAACAAAGAAAACUCAGGUGAUUGUGUAUACAUAAAUGUGUACAUUCAUGUGUAGUGUGACCUAAUUGUAAAUAAAAAUAGCAAAUUUUUUUCUUUUUAAAUUAAUGGCAUUAGAAUCACAAAAUAAACAAAGCAAAGGUCAGUGAUGGUUCAGUACUUGCAUGUGAGCCAAGGGGAGCUGUCAGAGGCCUGUUUCACAAUGAUUUAUUUAUUGCAUUUCACUGAGAGUUUACUAGCAUUCUAAUGAGUAUAUUGUAGGAAAACAUUUUAUGUUUUAUAAAAAUUCACAUUCAGUAGUUUUUAUGUUGUAGAACAACUUCCAGCAAGCGUGCGUGAGCGUGUUAAAAAUGAAUGGAGAUGAAUGGUUUUUGGGACCUGACGAGCUGUUGGAGUGUGAACAGGGUAAUAUUUUGUGAAGGGAUUCAGGGAAACUGGUUAGCCAGACUUGAGUCCUGGAAAUGGGAAGUACAAUGCCUGCACUUCAAUUAUCUAAGGAGGGGUUUGAGAUAUUGGCUGUUUGGAGGGAUGUCUAAGCUGUCGUACCUGAGCGCCUUUGUAAAGACAGUGCUUAUGUGUGAGUGAUGGUAAAAGUGUUAAUAAGUAAGUAAGUAAGUUUAUUCAGGUAUACACAAAUACAGUUACAUAGAAUUAUCAUACAUAGCAGCAUAUGUGUAGAGAACCUAGGAUAACCCAAAAAAGUCAGACAGAGUGACUUAUUUCCAUUGGGGUCCUUUACUUAUUUCCAUUGGGGUCCUUGAAUGAUGAUGUUGAAUGUUGAAUGAUGAAAGUUUUUUCUUUCUUUUUGGGCUUUUCUUUGUUUUUGGGUCACCCUGCCUAGGUGGGAAACAGCCGACGUGUUAAAAAAAAAAAAAAUUUUGUUAUGGAUUUGUUUUAAUGUUUAUUAGUUAAAAAACUUUUUUCAUGCAUUAAUGCCAUUUUCUAUGCACCAAAUAUGGUCAGAUAUGCUUGCAUUUGUGAAUAAAAUGUAAAAUGUUUUUCCAUAUGCUCACUCCUCAUUCAGUGUUAUUUUUUACACUAUUUCUUAUCUUUGUGGCUUUAUUUUGUAUCCUUUGGUCACGGACAAUUUUGUCCUUAUGUUGACUUUAUCAAAUUAAAGUUUUUAUUGUGUUCUGUUUUCCUCUCAGAAAUCUGCAGUUUUAUAACCUGCUGCCACUGGUAUGGUGCACAUGCUUCAGAUGUUUGUGAUAGUACCAGGGCUUUUUAGAUGGACUACACUACAUAUACAUAUACAGUAUAGGUAAAUAAACUUUUAACGAAAGUUACAUAAAUUAUAGCUCAGUAUUAGAGUUUGCAGUAUUGGAAAAAGUUUACAGUAAUGAAAUCAUUCAUAUACAAUAGGGUCUUAGGCCUAAUUUAAUCAAAUAUUAUAAUUUUUACUGUAUACUAUCUGUAUGCUGUAUAUAAUUUUUUUUUUUAAACUGACAUUUUUCCCGCCAUGGUCAGGUUGCCGAAAGAAAAUUUACUGGCCAUCACUUGUUCUCUAUGUGCCUAAACUUUGGCUUUGCUCUUUAGCACACCGGCCUACAUUUCACACUUAAUUUUCAUCUGAAAUCAGCACCCUUCCACCAUGUAGCAUUGAAAGAUCCACAUGGGUCUUCUUGAGGUAAAUGUUCAGAAGGAUACAGAUUUCCAUCUCAUGCUGGGUAACGUUGGUCAUUGAGACUACCUGCUUUACAUAGGCCUGGCGCUGUGCACAUGUAGUCGCCUAAACACUGUUCACAUACUUCAAUGCAUAAUUAUCUGACCUGGUACCUAGGCAUAAUAUCCCCUGCACUGUGUGUGGCACUUGUGUUAGGGAGGUGAAGAGGUGUAAACUAAACUCAGUUACAGAAUGCUUUCAUUUUAAAUGAAUUUUUGCAUGAUUUUGAAAUUAAUCUCCUCUUCAAGGGGGGCUCCUUGGCGUGGUGAAGAGGCUCUUGGUCUGAGGAAUUAGACCUGUCGGUCUCCUUCCUCAGACAAAACCUAAUUACCCCCCAAUCCCCCCUUCCCUAUCCCAUCCUCCCCAUCCUCCCCUUUUCCCUUUCCUCCUCCCCCUCCCCACCCCUCCCUUUUGCCCUUCCUCUUUUUGGCCUUUGGGAUUUUUCCCACAGGCGCACUAGUUCCUAGGUAGGGGAAAGGGUACCGGGGUCCAUCCCAUUCCGUUGAGGUUCUUGGCGGUGGCGUAGUUUGCCGUGGAAUCUGGAUCGCCUGGGGAUGUCCCGAUCCCUCUCCAGUAUCCCGGAGAGUGGCUUUGGGUGUCUUUCGGGCGAUGGAUGUAUCUCUGGAAGCCACCUUUCGGAUUCUGGGGGUGGUGGCCGAAGGAGGUAUGCUUUGUGGCAGAUAUCCGGCCGCCCUCUCUUUUGUCCACCGAGGUAACUCGGCAGAUGUGAGGUUGUUAUCCCGGAUUGCUGGUUUACUGGCAUGAUGGGUAGGGUAUGGCACGGGUUCCAUGCUGCAUCUAUGCUACUUGCGGUGCUGAGGUCCUCUUGGGCGCGGAGAUAGAUUUCUGGCCCUUUCAUUCCUCCUAGGAACUAUCCCUCCCCGGUCCCCCCCUUUUUUUUUAUUCUUUGUUUAUUUUUAUUUUCUUUUCUUUCUUUUUUUUUCUUAAAAACAAAAAGAAAGAAGUAACCUAACCAUGGAGAACCCAAUCCAUGAACCUGGUACCCCCGGGCCCCUUCUUGAUACCGCACCCUGUUCUGACCCCGCCUCGUCUUUGGACCACUCUUCGGACACUCCUCAUGCCUCUGUACCUCUUGCCGGUGCUGUUUCCUCACCCGCUUGAGGUACUGAGCUCUCGACUGACUCCUUUGAUUUAUCUGACCUCCACUCUCCUUUGACUAUGCUUCUGGCCUCUCCCUCUACGGUGCGGCAAUUUUCGAAUCGCCAGCCCAUUCCACGUCCGACCAACUCUGGUUCCCUGCCUAAACGCCAACGACAAUUACCUGCUGAUGAUACUUCUCCACCUUCUCGUUCUUCUCAGAAAAGAUCGACACGUACUGCACUCCCUUUCCACGCUCAGUUUCAGACUGCACAAUAGAUUAAAUUCUUCACUUUACGACCGACUUCCUCUACCGCCUAUCUUUCCGACCACAGUGUUGGCAAGGCACUCCUAUGCCAUGUUGGUAAAGAUAUUUCUUUUCAUGCUCUUAAGAGCGGUACGCGCGGUGGUCUGGUGGUGGCCCGGUGGUCUGGUGGCUAAAGCUCCCGCUUCACACACGGAGGGCCCGGGUUCGAUUCCCGGCGGGUGGAAAUUCCGACACGUUUCCUUACACCUGUUGUCCUGUUCACCUAGCAGCAAAUAGGUACCUGGGUGUUAGUCGACUGGUGUGGGUCGCAUCCUGGGGGACAAGAUUAAGGACCCCAAUGGAAAUAAGUUAGACAGUCCUCGAUGACGCACUGACUUUCUUGGGUUAUCCUGGGUGGCUAACCCUCCGGGGUUAAAAAUCCGAACAAAAUCUUAUCUCUAUCUUAUCAUCACGGUACAGAAUGCUACCCAAGCUCAUGAUCUUUCUCUUCUUUCCCAUAUAGAUACUGUUCCUGUCACUAUUGAAAAACAUCAUUCCCUCAAUUCUUGUAGUGGUACCGUCAUUCUGCCCCAUCCCAUAGUUCAACAAAAUUUCCAGACAUGUGGCAAUGACAUUCUUGAACAGCUGGAACUCCAAGAUCUCCCAAUCCUCAAGGUAGACACUUAUGUUCUUUCUGCCCGCGGGCGGAGACGAUACCCUAGCAAUGUGGCUCGUUUAACUUUUGACAGCUGUGAACUCCCAUCCUCAGUUUAUGUAGCAGGACAUUGGUUACAAGUUCGAAAGGUGAUCCCUACACCGCAACAGUGUAGAAAUUGCUGGCAAUUUGGCCAUCCAGCGAAAUAUUGCAGAUCCAUAGCCAAAUGCCCGGUCUGUGGUGCCGAUGACCAUUCUAAUACGUCUUACAAUCGACUUCCCUCUUGCCUUAAUUGUCAUGAGGCUCACCCUUCGUACUCUCGCCGUUGCCAAGUCUACUUAAAUGAGCGGGAAAUCUGUUACCUCAAAGAGGCAGAAGGUCUCCCUUAUGCCAUGGCAGUUUCUCAUCUCCGCCUCCAAGGGAGACUACCUCGUGUUUCUUAUUCCCGUGUUUCAAAACGUCCCCCCACUUCUGGGGUCCCAUCUUCUGCAACCUCCUCUGUGGUUACCUCUCCCAUAGUCACUCCUGUAUGUAAUUCUUUUGCUGUCCUAGGCUCAGACAUCCCUACUUAACGCCUCGGUCUGUUCUCGUUUCUUUGAGUUCUCCCUCACAAGCCUCAGUAUCGACGAGACCUCGUACGACACUUCCUCCCAAUCAUCCCUCUACUUCUCAGAAGUCAAAAAAAAGGUCCUUUAACUCCUCCUUCCCUUCUUCCACCUCCUCAUUUUACCUUCCCUGUCUCUGUACCGGGUUCUUCCCCUCUCACUGGCUCUGUUACAAGUGUAGAGGUUCACCCUCCUCCUUGUACUAUAUCUACCUCCCCUGUUCCCUCCCAGGUUUCUGCCUCUUCUGUCCAGUUCCACGCUUCUUCUCCAGUUCCCUCCACCCUUUCGCCCCCCCCCCUACCUUGGUACAGUCCAUUACAGUUCCAAUCUUUACUCAUCCUCCCCCUACCAUCUCCAAUAUUGUCUCCCGUGAUGUCUCUGAAUUCCGAAACACUUGAAGCAAUCUCUGAAUAUAUUGCAGAGACCAAACCAUCAAUGGACACUGAUCCACCCUCUGUUCCUUCUCUCUCCUCUCCUCCAUCUGCGCAACUCCUUUCUUCACAGCGCACCGUUCCUUCGCUGCUUGAACGUUUUCCGCUGCCUCCGCAUGUGGACUUUUCUAACCCCUCUAGUCCAUAGGAACCCUUACCUGUGGAUUUCAAGUAUCUUUAUCAUUGCCAAUCAUGGCCUAUUUACAGUGGAAUGUACGCGGCCUCAGGGGUAAUCGGGGUGAGCUUCAGGUGUUACUCUCCCAGUUUUCCCCUGUUGGUGUUUGCUUACAGGAACCAAAAUUACACUCUGCUGUUAUCUCUCCCAUCUCAGGCUAUAAUUUAUUGUAUUCUUCAGAUCCUUUUCCUGAUGGGACCUUUAAUGAAAGUGCCCUUCUUCUACGCACUGAUAUUCCGUACCAUCAGCUAUUUGUUCGUACUUCGCUGCAUUACACAGCAGCCCGUAUCCACUUGCAUAGGUGGUAUACGCUUUGUUCUUUAUAUCUCUCUCCUUCUUGGGCAUUAUCUAUUUAUCUUGUUUUGUCAUUACCACCACCGAUUCUGUUACUUGGCGAUUUUAAUGCCCAUCAUUUCCUCUGGGGGGGGGGUCUCACUGUGAUUCCCGUGGCAUUCAGUUAGAGGCUUUUCUUACCACCCACCCCCUCCAUGUUUUAAAUACAGGUACUCACACCCAUUUUGAUCCUUGGACUCACACUCUCUCUUGCAUCGAUCUCUCAGUCUGCUCUUCCUCCGCCGCAUUAGACUUCACUUGGUCUGUUCUCCCGGAUUUACAUGACAGCGAUCAUUUCCCAAUCAUUCUUACUUCCCCUUCAUAUUCACCACCUCUUCGUAUCCCAUGCUGGCAAUUUGAUCAGGCAAAUUGGAACCUUUACUCACAACUAACUGUUUUUAGUGAGGUUCCUUCUUCGUCCUUCAUUGAUGAGUUUUUACACCUCUUCUCGCCCUCCGUUUUAACAGCAGCUUCUCAUUCUAUACCCCAAACUUCGGGCAGGCAUUCUCAGAAAUGCAUGCCUUGGUGGUCUACUGCUUGUGCUCGUGCAGUAUGUUUGAAACGCGCUGCAUGGGGCAGGUACCAGUACAAUAGAACCACGGAGACACUUCUUGGUUUUAAGCAGAAGCAUUGCGAUCGCUCGCCGUGUCAUCCGUGAUACUAAACGCACUUGCUGGCGAGAUUGUGUCUCCACCAUCACCUCUACUUCCUCUAUGAGUGCAGUCUGGAAAAAAGUACGAAAACUGAGUGGUAAAUAUUCUCCUGACCCGGCUCCUGUUCUGCGGGUUGCCGGUGUUGAUAUAGCAAACCCACUAGAUGUUGGCAAUGAAAUUGGCAAUCAUCUGGUCCGUAUUUCUCAGGGGCUCCAUCUAUGCCCCUCGUUUCUUUCCUCAAAGUCUGCCAGAGAGUUAGCACCCUUGGACUUUUCUUCUCUCAGAGAAGAACAGUAUAACGUGCCUUUUACACUUCAAGAACUGGAGGCAACACUCUCAGCUUGCCGAUCAUCGGCAGCUGGGCCCGACGACAUUCAUAUUCGUAUGCUACAACAUUUACAUCAGUCAGCCCUUGCAGUCCUAUUACGCCUUUUCAAUCUCAUUUGGUCACAAGGAGUUCUUCCACAGCGUGGAAAUCUGCCAUUGUUCUCCCUUUCUGCAAACCAGGCACUACGGGACAUGAAGCCUCCCACUAUCGUCCCAUUGCUCUUACCAGUGCAGUUUGCAAAAUGAUGGAACGCCUGGUAAAUAGACGUUUAGUGUGGUAUUUAGAGACACACAACAGUCUCUCCACUCGUCAAUAUGGCUUUCGUAAGGGACGUUCUACCAUAGACCCCUUACUACGCUUGGAUACGUAUGUUCGUAAUGCCUUUGCGAAUAACCACUCAGUUAUUGCCAUAUUUUUUGACCUUGAGAAGGCAUAUGACACAACUUGGAGGUAUAAUAUUUUGGCCCAAGCCCACUCCUUAGGCCUCCGAGGCAAUCUACCAUCCUUCCUUAAGAACUUUUUAACUGAUAGACAUUUCCGUGUUCGGGUUAAUAAUGUGCUCUCCCCGGACUUUAUCCAAGCUGAAGGUGUCCCCCGGGGAUGUGUUCUGAGCACAACACUUUUUCUCCUUGCUAUUAAUGAUUUGGCCUCUAGUCUUCCAUCAAAUAUUUGGUCAUCACUCUAUGUUGAUGACUUCGCUAUUGCCUGUGCAGGCGCUGACUGUCACCUCAUUACAGUUUGUCUCCAGCAUGCAGUCGACCGUGUUUCCAAUUGGGCCACCACACAUGGGUUUAAAUUUUCCAGCACUAAAACCCACCAAAUUACUUUCACUAGACGCUCUGUUAUCUCCGAUCAUCCUUUGUACCUCUAUGGCUCCCGUAUCCCUGAACGUGAUACAGUCAAGUUUCUGGGCCUCCUCUUUGACCGUAGGUUAUCCUGGAAACCUCACAUUACCUCUCUGAAGGCAACUUGUCACAGCCGGCUGAACCUUCUUAAAACCCUUGCUCAUCUUUCAUGGGCAGCUGAUCGUCGAACCCUCCUUCGCCUACAUUCCACCCUCAUUUUAUCGAAACUUGAUUAUGGUGACCAGAUCUAUUCAGCGGCAUCUCCUGCUACUCUCUCUAGCCUUAAUCCCAUUCAUCACCAAGGAUUACGUUUAUGCCUUGGUGCUUUUCGCUCUUCCCCUGUUGAGAGCCUCUAUGCAGAAGCGAACGUUCCAUCCUUAUCUGAUCGCCGUGAUGCCCAUUGCCUUCGCUACUAUGUACGCUCUCAUGAUCUCCGCAAUCCUUCCAUUUAUAGAAUGGUCACUGAUAUUAGUAGACAUUCUUUAUUUGUUCGCUGCCCCUGUUUACUCCGUCCCUUCUCUCUUCCCCUUUAUUCGCUCUUGUCUUCUCUUCAAUUACCACCUUUCUAUGUUCAUGUAGAAUCUCACUUUUCCCUACCCCCCUGGGAAGUUCCAGCUGCUCGAGUCUGUUCUUUCUCUCUCCCUUGCUCGAAAGCCCAACUGCCUAUGGUCGCUUCCUGCUCUCUUUUUCUUGACCACUUCCACUCUCAUUCUCAUGCCAUUGCUGUGUACACAGAUGGCUCUAAGUCUUCUGACGGCGUAGGAUUCGCAGGUCAGCAGUACAUGAUCUACCAGUUUCAUGUGGAGGUAUUCCAUUUACGGACUAUUUUGCUGCAAUAUCUUCACACCUUCACACCCGUUGGCAACAACGUUGAUCUACUAUGCUCGGUAACAAACUUCACUCUAUUAAACCGAGUAUAAGCUACUGGCCGUCGUCUUAUCACCAGUGUCGAGGUUGGGAGACUACUCUCUCCCGUCUUCGCAUUGGCCAUACUCGUCUUACUCAUGGAUAUCUCAUGGAGAGGCACCCUGCUCCUCUCUGUGAGAAUUGCCAAGCUCCAUUAUCAGUCAGCCACAUUCUUUUGGACUGCCCACUUUAUCAACGAGCACGCAGAAUUUACCUCUGUCGUCGUCUUCGCUCCGUUGCUCUCUCUUUACCUUCCCUUCUUGCUGAUGGACCCACCUUUCAUCCGGACUCUCUCAUUGACUUUUUGACAACAACUGACUUACUUCACAAAUUCUGAUACCUUCAGCCCUUUCUACCUCAAUCUCUUGCUACCCUCUACCAAACAUAAAGAUAUUGUUUUUUGUUCAGUCCCUGGUCAUGUCGACGUACAGGGCAAUGAACAGGCAGACACUGCUGCACAGUCAGCAGUACAUGACCUACCAAUUUCCUAUUGAGGUGUUCCAUUUCUGGACUAUUUUGCUGCAAUAGCUACCCACCUUCGCACCUGUUGGCAACAACGUUGGUCAACUCUGCUCAGUAACAAACUUCAUUCUAUUAAACCGAGCAUAGGUUACUGGCCGUCUUCUUGUCAUCAGUGCCGAGGUUGGGAGACCACUCUCUCCUGCCUUCGCAUUGGUCACACUCGUCUUACUCAUGGGUAUCUCAUGGAGAGGCACCCUGUUCCUCUCUGUGAGCAGUGUCAAGUUCCAGUAUCGAUUAGCCACAUUCUGUUAGACUGCCCUCUCUAUCAACGAGCACGCAGAAUUUACCUCCAACGUCGUCUUCAUUCUACUACUCUCUCUUUACCUUCCCUUCUUGCUGAUGGACCCUCCUUUAAUCCUGACACUCUCAUUGACUUCUUGACAACGACUGAUUUACUCCACAAACUCUGAUGAUACUUUUCGCACUCCCCUCAGCCCUUUCUAGUUCAGUCUCUUGCUGCCCUUUACCCUUUCACCAUCCACUGCCCCGCUGUUAUCCGUAACCUAUUACUCAUCCAUCUCCCUUUUGCCACCUGAUGCCCUCGCUUCCUUCCUGCCCUGCAGUGCUGUAUAGUCCUUGUGGCUUAGCGCUUCUUUUUGAUUAUAAUAAUAAUCUUGCUACCCUCUACCCCCGCACUAUCCCCUGCCCCGCUGUUUUCUGUAACCUACUGAUCAUCCCUCCUCCCUUCUGCUGCCCAAUACCCUCGCUUCCUUCCCUAUCCUGCAGCGCUGUAUAGCCCUUGUGGCUUAGCGCUUCUUUUUGAUUAUAAUAAUAAUAAUUGAAAUUAAUCAAUUUUCCCUUUAAUUUUUGUUAUAAAAUAUUCAAAGGAAAAGGAUUCCAGAAGAGCAUGGGGCAUACAGUGGAUCAUUUUAUGUUCAUUACCUCUGCACAAGUGUCCAAACCUAGAAAUUUUAUUCUGUAUCUGUAACUACUAAAUAAAUUGUACAUUAUGACUUUGUCUUAUGUUAAUUUUUUUAACACACACGCCGUGUCCCACCAAGGUAAGGUGACCCAUAAAAGAAGAAAUACUUUCACCAUCACUCACUCCAUCACUGUCUUUCCAGAGGCAUUUUGAUACUACAGUCCAAAACUGCAAAUAUCCCCACCCCCUCCUUCAGAGUGCAGGCAUUGUACUUCCAAUCUCCAGGACUCAAGUUUGGCUAACCGGUUUUCCUGCAUCCCUUCGUAAUUGUUACCUUGCUCCCACUUCAACAGCAUGUCAGGUCAUAGAAACUACUUGCCUCCACUCCUAUCUAACACACUCGUACAUGCUUGCAUGUAUGAGCCCCUUGUAUUCAAAACCUCCGUUACUUCCUUCCUCCAUCCUUUCCUAGAAUGGCCUAUACCCAGCCUUCCCUCCACUACAGAUUAAUAUGCCCUCCAAUCAUCCUAUUUUGUUCCACUUCAACAACCCCUCCCCAACCCUCUGGAUAAUACUUUUAGUAACCUUGCACUUUCUAAUCUCCAAGCUACAAAUUCUCUGCAUAAUAUUCACAUCACACAUUGUCCUCAAAACAUGACACAAUGCUGUAUGACCCUGGUGGUUUAGUGCUUAGUUUUGAUUAUAAUAAUCAAAACAUGACAUCUCCACUGCCUCCAGCAUCCUUACUGCAGCAUUCAUAACCUAUGCUUUACACCCAUAUAAGAGCAUUGGUACCACAAUACAGGAGGGCCCCUAUAGGUUCCAGGCUACAAUUGUAAAGUGAAAAAUCACUGUAAAGUGAAUUAUAACCUUUUUUCACUUUCAAAUGCAUAUAAAUGCGAGGGUCUUGGCAAGAGACGUGGAGUUAAAAGAUAAAGAAUCACACAUAAAGUGGGAGUUGUCACAGUUGCUCUUUGCUGAUGACACUGUGCUCUUGGGAGAUUCUGAAGAGAAGUUGCAGAGGUUGGUGGAUGAAUUUGGUAGGGUAUGCAAAAGAAGAAAAUUAAGAGUGAAUACAGGAAAGAGUAAGGUUAUGAGGAUAAAAAGAUUAGGUGAUGAAAGAUUGGAUAUCAAAUUGGAGGGAGAGAGUAUGGAGGAGUUGAAUGUAUUCAGAUAUUUGGGAGUGGACGUGUCAGUGGAUGGGUCUAUGAAAGAUGAGGUGAAUCAUAGAAUUGAUGAGGGGAAAAGGGUGAGCGGUGCACUUAGGAGUCUGUGGAGACAAAGAACUUUGUUCUUGGAGGCAAAGAGGGGAAUGUAUGAGAGUAUAGUUUUACCAACGCUCUUAUAUGGGUGUGAAGCAUGGGUGAUGAAUGUUGCAGUGAGGAAAAGGCUGGAGGCAGUGGAGAUGUCAUGUAUGAGGGCAAUGUGUGAUGUGAAUAUAAUGCAGAGAAUUCAUAGUUUGGAAGUUAGGAGGAGGUGCGGGAUUACCAAAACUGUUGUCCAGAGGGCUGAGGAAGGGUUGUUGAGGUGGUUCGGACAUGUAGAGAGAAUGGAGCGAAACAGAAUGAUUUUAAGAGUGUAUCAGUCUGUAGUGGAAGGAAGGCGGGGUAGGGGUCGGCCUAGGAAAGGUUGGAGGGAGGGAGUAAAGGAGGUUUUGUGUGCAAGGGGCUUGGACUUCCAGCAGGCAUGCGUAAGCGUGUUUGAUAGGAGUGAAUGGAGACAAAUGGUUUUUAAUACUUGACGUGCUGUUGGAGUGUGAGCAAAGUAACAUUUAUGAAGGGAUUCAGGGAAACCGGCAGGCCGGACUUGAGUCCUGGAGAUGGGAAGUACAGUGCCUGCACUCUGAAGGAGGGGUGUUAAUGUUGCAGUUUAAAAACUGUAGUGUAAAGCAACCUUCUGGCAAGACAGUGAUGGAGUGAAUGAUGGUGAAAGUUUUUCUUUUUCGGGCCACCCUGCCUUGGUGGGAAUCGGCCAGUGUUAAUAAAAAUAAAAAAAAUAAAAGCCUGAUAACAUGUUUACACUAUCAUAUAGUGAGUGAGUAAUAUAGCUAGGCCUAAAAAAAAUGCAUACACAUUACACACAUUACUUUAAAAUAUUUUCAUCCUUAGCUUAUAGUGAGUGGUGAAUAUAGUUAUUGUAAGAAGUCUGAAUAAAUGGAGAAUGGGUGUGAUUGAAAACCACUCUAUUAGCAAAAUGUUGUAAAGCAAAGCUCUGUAAAGUGGGGCCUGCCUGUACUCUCAAACAUUUUCCUUUUUACCUCCAUGGAUAACUUGUCUACACAGAUGCCUCAAUACACCAUUCAUCUUUUUCACCUAGUCAAUUCUAUGGUUCACCUUGUCUUCAUUAGAUUCAUCUGCUGACAAAGUCCACUCCCAAAUAUCUGACCACAUUCACUUCCUCCAUACUCCCUCCAAUCUGAUACCCAAUCUUUCAUUAUCUAAAUUUUCUGUUAUCCUCAUCACCUUGCUCUUUCCUAUGUUCACUUGAAAUUUCCUCCUUUUACACCCAAAUUUAUCCACCAACCUUUCCAACUUCAGAAUCUUCCAAACACUGUGUCAUCUUCAAAAAGCAACUGUGACAAUUUUCACUUUGUAUUGGCUUCUUUAUCUUUUAAUCCCACAUCUCUCCCCAACACUUCUCUUACAAUCCCAUCUAUAACUAUAUUAACCAUGGUGACAUCACACAUCCUUGUCUAAGGCCCACCUUUACUAGAAAGCAGUCUUCGUCUUUACUACAUACCCUAACCUGAGACUCACUAUCCUCAUAAAAAUUCUUAACUGCUUUCAGUAACCUACCACCUAUUCCAUACACUUGCAACAUCUGCCACAUUGCUCCCCUAUCCACGGUAUCAUAUGCUUUUUCCAAAUCCAUAAAUGCAACGAAAACUUCUUUACUCAUAUCUAAAUACUGUUUACAUAUCUGCUUCAAUAUAAACACUUGGUCUACACAUUCUGUGCCCUUCUUAAAGCUUCCUUGUUCAUCUGCAAUUCUGUUCAUCUUACCUUUAGUUCUUUCAAAUAAUAACUCUACCAUAUAUCUUACCAGAUAUACUCAACAGGCUUAUUUCCCUGUAAUUCUUACACUUUUGUUUCCUUUGCCUUUAUACAAAGGAACUAUGCACACUGCCAGUCCCUGGGUACCUUCCCCUCUUUCAUACAUUUAUUGAAUAAAAGCACCAACCUCUCCAAAACUAUAUCCCCACCUGCUUUUAACACACCAUCUUGAUCCCAUCAAUCCCAUCUGUUUUAUCCUUUUAUUUUACCCACAGCCUCACAUAUCUCCCCCACACUCAUAUUUAGUUCUUCCUCACUCCUAAAAGAUGUUAUAGCUCCUUGGUCAGUGCAUGAAAUCACUGCCUCCCUUUUUUUUUAUCAAAAUUGGACAGUUCCUCAAAAUAUUUCCUCCAUCUUCCCAAUACCUCCAACUCUCCUUUUGUGUUUUUAACUGUCAAAUUCAUUCAUUCCUUAGACUUUCUCAGCUUAUUUAUUUCACUCCAAAACUUUUUCUAAUUUUCAGCAAAAUUUGUUGAUAGCUCCUCACCCAUUCUUUCAUUUGCCUUCUUUUUACAUUCCCUUAACACUCUCAAUCAAUGCAAGGCAUCUGCCUACAGUUGAAAUAAGAGAAUUUUAACAUUGAGGUAGUGCAUUGGUAAUACAGUGGUCCCCCGGUAUUCGAUGGCAUCAGUAUCCGUUAAAUCCGGUAUUCGAUACAUUUUAAUGCAAAAAUUUUGCCUAGCCACUCAUUAAAAAACCCACCACACGCGAUUCGUCCGAGACGUGUCCACGUGUGGCCUGAACUUCCCCGUGCGUGCCAGUGUUUACAAGCCAGCCAGUGUGCUCACAUCUAAGUAUACAUUCAGUACAUUCCAUAUUAUCACAGUGUUUUUGGUGCUUGUUUCUGCAAAAUAAAUCACCAUGGGCCCCAAGAAAGCUUCUAGUGCCAACCCUGUGGUAAAAAGGGUGAGAAUUAGUAUGGAAAUUAAGAAAGAUUUUGAAGGGUUUGGGGCUAAUCCUGAGAAGCCUAUGCCAGUUAUGGAAUCCAUUGUGUCUACUUCAAAAAUUAAGGAAAUGUGUGCAAAGUGGGUUGAACUGCGAACCUUUAUGGAUGAAAAUCACCCUAACACAGCUAUUGCAAGCUGUGCUGGUGACUAUUACAAUGACAAUGUUGUGGCCCAUUUUAGACAAAUUGUAAAGGAACGGGAGGUACAGAGCUCUAUGGACAGAUAUGUUGUGCGACAGAAGUCCACUGACUCUCAAGCUGGUCCUAGUGGCAUUAAAAGAAGAAGGGAAGUAACCCCGGAAAAGGACUUGCUACCUCAAGUCCUAAUGGAAGGGGAUUCCCCUUCUAAACAAUAAGUUCGACACACUCCCCUCCUCCCAUCCCAUCAAUCAUCACCAGAUCUUCAUUAAAGGUAAGUGUCAUGUAUUCUAUUGUUAGUAGAGUACUACAAACUGUGCAUGUCUUCUUCAGUUUGUGUGCAUUAAACUUAAUAUUUCAUGUGGUAAAAUUUUUCUUUUCAUACUUUUGGGUGUCUUGCACGGAUUAAUUUGAUUUCCAUUAUUUCUUAUGGGGAAAAUUAAUUCGCCUUUCGAUAAUUUCGGUAUUCAAUGAGUUCUCAGGAACGGAUUAAUAUCGAAUACCGGGGGUCCACUGUAUUUCAGAAGCUUUAGUGACUUUUUUUUUUGGGGGGGUGGGGGUGAAAUAUCAUUUACAGUAGAUACUGGGUCUUGAGACAGAGUUUGGAACCAAUCCUUUCAUUUUCUCUUCUGUAUGAUAAAUUAGGUUCCCUCACAAAAACCUAUUUACCAAAUACUUCCAGACAAGGUUUCGACAAAGACACAAAUGAUUUGUUAAAAUAGUUGAAAUGUACAUACAGUAUUGACACACCUUAUUAUGUCUUGGUUUGGAGUACUGUAAUAUUGCUUUAUUAGUAAAAGACAAAUAUUAAUAUCAGAGAUCAGUUAGAUUUUAACCCUUUCAGGGUUUCGGACGUACUAGUACGCCUAAGGUCUAGCGCCCUCAAAUCUAGUGAGAGAAAGCUGGUAGGCCUACAUAUGAUAGAAUGGGUCUAUGUGGUCAGUGUGCACAGUACAAAAAAAAUCCUGCAGCACACAGUGCGUAAUGAGAAAAAAAAACUGACCGUGUUUUUGGAUUAAAACAGCAAAUUUGCACUGUAUUUUCGUAUGGUAUUUAUGGUUGUAUUCUAGUUUUCCUGGUCUCAUUUUAUAGAAUGGAAGACACAUUACAGAAAUUGAGAUGAUUUUGACUAGUUUUACAAUGAAAAGUGCCUUGCAAUUGAGCUCAAAGUAGCAGAAAUGUUCGAUUUUUACCAAAGUUCAAACGUAAACAAAUCAUGCUAAGCGUCCAAUACACGUCAACUGGCGAGUUUAAUAUUCUUUCACAAGUGCGCUGAUAUUAUUUAUACCAUUUCUACACUAAUGCAGUACUCUGCAUAACAGUAAAUCUUCUAUUUUUUUGUGAGAAUAAAAAUUCAAAGUGGAAAGCAAAAGAAUGUAAGAGGGGCGUGGGGACGUGACUAUUGAACAGAAGAAAUGCUAUUUUAGUGUCAGGAAUGUCUUUCUUGUUUAUUAUGGACCCUAUUUGGAAAUUGGCAUCUUUUGAAAUUUGUGUGAAAUUGGCAAAAUUGCUAAAUUCUGACCACUGUAUUGGAUAGUUGAAAUCGGUAAAUGGGUGGUUUCUUGUACUCAUUCAAUAGAAAAAAUGGAGUUCUAGCGAAAUAGUUAUGAUUUUUGUUGACUAGUACACUGGAAUUGGCCAAAAAUAGGGCUCAAAGUGGGCAAAAUUGCCGAUGUGUAAACAUCGUCGAGACCGCUAACUUCACGAGAGCAUAAUUCCGUAAGUUUUCCAUCAGAUUUCAUACUUUUGGUGUCAUUAUGAUCAGGAAAAGAUUCUCUAUUUUUUCAUAAGAAUUUUUUUUUUUUUUUUUGUUUUUUUUUGAAAUUUGGGCGACCCUGAGAACAAGUCUGGGAGAGGGCCUGGGGACCCUGAAAGGGUUAAAGAAAGAAUGGUACUUCAGUAACACUUAUUGAAAGGAAUUGCUUGUUGCAAAUAUAAAAUGCUGUCUUUCUAGUACGACAUGCAGAGCUUACAUCUGUGUUAUUAAUUUAUGAGUCAAAUGUCAAACCCAAAGGGUUAUACAAAUGUCAGUUAUAUCAUAGAAAUCUAUCUUAUGGAAAAAUUUUAUCACGCCAAAAACAGUUGUCAUACAAAAAAAGGAGUCAUCCAACUAAUAGGAGGUUCACAUACAAAUAUAAUUCUGAUAGGAAUAUCAUCCAACCACUGUCCAACCUUGACCUCAUAUUUCUGUCUUAACUCAUCAUCAGUAAGAUAUCCGGCAGCAUCAGCUGAAAAUCAAUUACAGGCUUCUGUUUUACACUCAGCAGGGCGGUAGUACAUACCUCCCUGGGCGGCUGCUGUCUACCAACCUACUACCUAAAUACUCAGUAUAUAUCUUGUUGUAUUUUUAUCACAAUGCUGUAUGACCCAGGUGAUUUAGCACUUAAUUUUGAUUGUAAUAAUAAUAAUAAUAAUAAUAAUAAUAUAUUUUUAUCUGUAGUAAAGUAGUAAAACACUUCCUGGUUCAGUAUUAAAUUAUAUUAAAAGCAAAAUACUUGUGCCAUCUGAUAUUUUGUAAAAUUAUCUGUUUCCCACCAAUACAGGGCAAGACAAAAGAUAAAAAAAAAAAAAAAAAAAAAAAAAGAU